CUCUGUCGGCUGAGAGUUUCUGCUCCGUAACUCCCGGGGAAGGAGAAGACCCGGGCGCACCCUUUCCGGGUGAGUGAGCCUGGGAGUGUGGCCGAAAGCAUGUGCGCAUGUGCAACAAGCCGGGACUGGCAGAGGUGGUGUGCGGGGCUGUAAAAGUGUGUGCUGGGGGAGAGGAGAGUCGAGGCAGAGACUAAUUUUGAAGUGAAGGAGAUGUCUACAAAGCUGAGGCUUUUUGUGGAAGGAUCUGGACCUCAAAGAUACAUGAAUGAGGUUCCCCAUGACUUCAUUUUGAGAGAAAUCUGUGAUUCUGAUAUCCAGGGCUCAUUAACAUUCAAGGAUGUAGCUGUGGACUUCACUCAGGAUGAGUGGUGCCUAUUGGACAAUUCUCAGAAGGAACUGUACCUGGAGGUCAUGCUGGAGAAUGUGCAGAAUCUACUCUCUGUGGGUCUUCCAGUUCCUAGAGAAUAUUUGACCUCUUGUUUUCAGCAAGGGGAAGCACCAUGGCUGCUAGAGCAAGAAGUCCCCAGGAGCUCCUGUCCAGAGGCAGAGACUAAUUUUGAAGUGAAGGGGUUUUCUACAAAACAGCAGAUUUUUGUGGAAGGAUCUGACCCCAAAAGAUGCAUGAAUGAGGGUUCCUGUGACUUCAUUUUGAGAGAAAUCUGUGACUCUGAUAUCAAGAUCAAUAAAAAUGUAAAGAGUGAAUGUGAAUGUGAUGACCCUUCAGAGAAAUUCAACCAAUAUUCAGUCCUAAAUCAACAUGUGACAUUGACCUCUGGAAAUGUCUGUUGUCAGGAUACUCAAUACAGCAAAUGCUUUCCUGACGAAGUACGACUUUUUCAGUGGAAUGAGAAACCUUCUGAAAAGCCCAUGUAUCAAGGUAACCUAGGAGGAAUAGGCUUUGGCUGCACUUUAGACUUCAUUAGAUAUCCAAAAAGUAAAUGGGUAGAGAUAGUUUCUGUGAAGGAUGAAGGAGGGAAACCUUUUAGUCAAAACUCUGAUCUUGCUGCAUAUCAAAUAAUUCAUUCGGGAGAGAAACCUUAUGAAUGUAAACAAUGUGGAAAGGCAUUCACAAAGAGGAAUCAUCUCAGUACACAUCAGAGAAUCCACUCUGGAGAGAAACCUUAUGAAUGUAAACAAUGUGGAAAGGCAUUCACACAGAAGAGUCAUCUCAGUACACAUCAGAGAAUUCACUCUGGAGAGAAACCUUACGAUUGUAAACAGUGUGGAAAGGCUUUCACACGGAGGAGUCAUCUCAGUACACAUCAGAGAAUCCAUUCCGGAAAGAAACCUUAUGAAUGUAAACAGUGCAGAAAGGCUUUCACAAGGAAGGGCAGUCUUGCUGCACAUCAGAGAAUCCACACUGGAGAGAAACCUUAUGAAUGUAAACAGUGUGGAAAGGCUUUCAAAUGGACAGCCUCUCUUGCAGCUCAUCAGAGAAGCCACAGUGGAGAGAAACCUUAUGAAUGUAAACAGUGCAGAAAGGCUUUCACACAGAGGGGCAGUCUUGCUGCACAUCAGAGAAUCCACACUGGAGAGAAACCUUAUGAGUGUAAACAAUGUGGAAAGACUUUCAAAUGGAAAGUCUCUCUUGCAGCACAUCAGAAAAUCCAUGCUGGAGAUAAAUCUUAUGAAUGUAAACAGUGUGGAAAGGCUUUCACACAGAGGUGUCAUCUCAGUACCCAUGAGAGAAUCCACUCUGGAAAGAAACCUUAUGAAUGUAAACAGUGUGGAAAGGGUUUCACACAGAGGGGAAAUCUUGCUACACAUCAGAGCAUCCACACUGGAGAGAAACCUUAUAAAUGUAAACAUUGUGGAAAACCUUUCAAAUGGAGAGUCUCUCUUGUAGCACAUCAGAGAAUCCAUACUGGAGAGAAACCUUAUGAAUGUAAACAGUGUGGAAAGGCUUUUACGGGUAGUAAAUAUCUUGUUGCACAUCAGCAAAUCCACACUGGAGAGAAACCUUAUGAAUGUAAACAGUGUGGAAAGGCUUUCAUACAGAGGAGUUAUCUCAGUAGACAUCAGAGAAUCCACUCUGGAAAGCAACCUUAUGAAUGUAAACAGUGCGGAAAGGCUUUCAAAUGGAAAAUCUCUCUUGCAGCACAUCAGAGCAUCCAUACUGGAGAGAAACCUUAUGAAUGUAAACAGUGUGGAAAGGCUUUCAAAUGGAAAGUCUCUUUUGCAGCACAUCAGAGAAACCAUACUGGAGAGAAACCAUCUGAAUGUAAACAGUGCGGAAAGGCUUUCACACGGAGGAGUCAUCUCAGUACACAUCAGAUAAUCCACUCUGGAAAGAAACCUUAUAAAUGUAAACAGUGUGGAAAGGAUUUCACACAGAGGAGUCAUCUUGCUUUACAUCAGAGCAUCCACACUGGAGAGAAACCUUAUAAAUGUCAACAGUGUGGAAAGCCUUUCAAAUGGAAAGUGUCUCUUGCAGCACAUCAGAGAAUUUACACUGGAGAGAAAUCCUAUAAGUGUAAACAAUGAGGAAAGGUUUUCAAAUGGGAUCAGAGAAUUCAUACUGGAGGGAAACCUUAUGAAUGUACACAGUGUGGAAAGGCUUUCAGACAGAGGAGUUAUCUCAGCAGACAUCAGAAUCCACACUGGAGAGAAACCUUAUGAGUAAACAGUGGGAAAGGUCUUUCAAAUGGAAAGUCUCUCUUGCAGCAGGUCAGAGAAGCCACACUGGAGAGAAACCUUAUUAAUGUAAACAGUGUGAAAAGGCUUUCAAAUGGAAUGUCUCUCUUGCAGCACAUCAGAGAAUCCACACUGGAGAGAAACAUCAUUUAUGUAAAGUGUAGAAAGGCUUUUACAUGUAGCAGCUCACUUGCUACACUUCAGCUAAUCCACAAUUGAUAGAAACCUUUUGAAUGUAAACAAUGUGGAAAGGCUUUCACAAAGAGGAGUCAUCUCAGUACACAUCAUACAAUCCACUCUGGAAAGAACCCUUAUGAAAGUAAACAGUGUGAAAAGGCUUUCACAUGGAGGAGUCACCUCAGUAAACAUAAGAGAAUCCACACUGGAGAGAAACCUUAUGAAUGUAAACAGAAUGGAAAUGCUUUCACACACAGGGGUGGUCUUGCAGUACAUCAGAGAAUCCACACUGAAGAGAAACCUUAUGAGUGUAAACAAUGUGGAAAGGCUUUUAAAUUGAAAGUCUCUCCUGCAGCACACCAGAGAAUCCACACUGGAGAGAAAUCUUAUGAAUGUAACAGUGUGGGAAGGCUUUCACACAGAGGAGUCAUCUCAGUACACAUCAUACAAUCCACUCUGGAAAGAAACCUUAUGAAUGUAAACAAUGUGGAAAGGCUUUCACACAGAGGAUCUCUUGUAAUCCAUCAGAUAAUCUACACUGGAGAGAAGAAACCUUAUUGUAUCGGACAAAAUCAUGCAAUAUUCUAUGACAUAUAUUGAUUAGUAUUAGUAAUGUUAGAUUGGAAACUUCGUUUAAAAAAUUAGUGAAAGUUAGGUAUCCUUCUCAAGGGAGAUACAAAUCUCUCCUUUUGAAGAGUAGAGAAAUUUCCCUCCCCUUCAUCAACUUUUUAUAGAUACAUAAUUAUCCGGCUUUUCACUUUUUUCCUAAUGUAGCCAAAACUUCCCCAUUUUAGUCCUUUAAAAAAUUUUAAUUAAUGGAUUAAGAUGUUAGAUUGCCAUUCCCAUGUGAAAUGUCUUGAAACAUGCAACUACAAUCUUAACUCUGUGUCCUAAAUGUUUCAGUUUAAAAGGCCUUGGCCAUGUCUAAAUUCUGGCUUAACUUAAAAAUUUCAAACUUAAGAAAUGCUCCAUGAGAUCAAUAUGCUGGGAAACUUAAGGAGGAUAAGAAAAGAUAAAGAAAAUAUAACAUUCAAAGACGUAUUUUAAACAGGUAGUGAAUGAAUAGAAGGGGUACAUUGUGUUAAUUUCUGAUAUAUUUUGAGUUCAUUUGUAUAUCCAUGGACAUUCCUGUUGAGUCAACCACUCAGAGCAGUGCCCCUGUCCUCUCCCUUUUCCUAAUAAAAGCUGUAUAUUUUGCUGCAA